AUGCAGCCAGAGGCAAGAGACAGAAGUGUGCCUAAAGAAAUACAAGGCAAAAGGCCACACUAUUGCCUGAUGCCCCAUCACCAACAAGGAGACCUCCAAUCAACCCCAGAUUCGACCCAAGAAUGCAUCUGCCUCCUGCACCACGAACUCUUCAACCUUCCUGAAAUCCAGCACCUUAUUCCCAAUCCCUCACCUUCUCCUUACCACCACAUUCCCGCUCCCCAACCUCCUCCAACCCCUAUGGAAAUUCCCCCAACCCCUACACCGCCAGUUGUUCCUGUUCUACCUGUCGAAGCAGGAACCCAGACAUAA